AUGGCCGUGAUGGACUCACCUGGGGAGUUACAUACACUGGAGUCCACUGAAGAUGAAAAUUUACCUGUGAUUGACUCACCUGGGAAGGUGGUGAUAACAGUGGACUCCACAGGAGAUGAUAUUCUUGUGAAGGGCUCACCUGGGAAGGUAGAAACAAAAACUAAAUCAACUGAAGAUGUACAUACAUUUUCAAUGAACUCACCUGGGAAGGUGAUGACACCAAUGGAGUCCUCAGCGGGUAAAGAUUUUGUAGUGGUUGACUCACCUAGGAAGUUGAUUACAAUGGAGUCGACUGUCAAUGAAAAGGUUGUUCAGAGACAGACACCUGGGAAGGUAGUGACGCAAACUGAGUCAACUGAAGAUGAAGAUGUUGUUGUGAAGCAGUUGCCUGGGUUGAUGGUUAGAACAGUGGAGUCCACUGAAGAUGUUCUGAAGGUAGUCACAAGAAUUGAUAUCUCUGAAGAUCAGGAUGUAGCUCCAGUGGACUCUAUUGCAGCUGAAGACGUUCUGAAGGUAGUGACAAGGAUUGAUAUCUCUGAAGAUCAGGAUGUAGCUCCAGUGGACUCUAUUGCAGCUGAAGACGUUCUGAAGGAAUCAGAUCAGAAGGCAGUGAAAAAAAGGGAAUCAACUGAAGAUGAAGAUUCUGCAGUGAUUGACUCAUCUGGGAAGGUUUUAACUGCAGUUGACAAGAUGAAAGAUAAAGUUGUUGUUCUUCAGCAAUCAACCCAGAAGACUGUAGUUGAAUCUGGUUCACCUGGCAAGAUGGUCACAUUGUGUGACCUGAGUAACAAAGAAGAUGCUGUGCAGGAUUCAUCUGGGGACACCACUGAAAAUGAGAGGUUUCAAAGAUCACGCACCACUCAGUCAACUACAUGCAAGAUACACCUUCCAACUGCAUGUCACAAAAGUGUUCAAGAAGACAUAGCUCAAGGUGUCAGAGACAUCGGCAACGACAACAGUGCCUUUAAGAGCGUAGUAUCUGGUUAUAGCACCAUCGUGCAUGAAGGUAAAGAGAAGAACACACAUGGAACAGAAAGUAUGAAUACUGCUUUGGAAGAGAUGAUGGCCUCUCAAGAAAGUAUUAGUCUCAGUUCAGUCUCAGGGAAUGAUGUUCUAGAUUCUGCCAAAGGUACAGGAUGUGAACAUUUCAGAGUGAAAGACACUAAACACACUGAAAUGAGUGAAAGGAGUGAUGGUAUGGAACCAUCAAAAUCGAAUAGUGCCGUUACUUUGAAGGCGGAUGUUGAUAAUAUUGAGGAUGAGGAUGAAUUGUCUCCUGUUAUUCCCCAUCAAAAAUCCUUCACCAGUCUGAAGAAAAGUGAACAAGAUGACAAUGCAGUAUGUGAACAUGACUUCUCAGAAUCACAAGCAGACUUUCAUCUCUACCUCAGUCAGGUAGAAGAUUCACAGGCAAUAGUAUCUGACAACUUUGAAAGUCAAGGUGACCAUGAUGCAUCUCUGAAUUUGUGCGAAGAAGUGAUGAGUGCAGAUAACAAAUGUCAAGGUGACAUGGAGGCAGAUGUGACCAGUGAAGACCCUAAAGGUCAAGGUGACAUGGAGGCAGAUGUGACCAUUGGAGACACUGAAGUUCAAGAUAACAAGGAGGCAGAUGUGACCAGUGGACACCCUAAAGGUCAAGGUGACAUUCAGACAGAUGUGACCAGUGGAGACCCUGAAGGUCAAGGUGACAUUCAGGCACAUGUGACCAGUGGAGACCCUGAAGGUCAAGGUGACAUGGAGGCAGAUGUGAUUAGUGAAGGUCAAGAUAAGGAGGCAGAUGUGACCAGUGAAGACCCUGAAGGUGAAGGUGACAUGGAGGCAGAUGUGACCAGUGGAGACCCUGAAGGUCAAAGUGACAUGGAGGCAGAUGUGACCAGUGGAGUCCCUGAAGGUCAAAGUGACAUUCAGGCAGAUGUGAUCAUCAGAGACCCUGAAGAUCAAAGUGACAUGCAGGCAGAUGUGAUGAGUGAAGGUCAAGAUAAGGAGGCAGAUGUGGCAGGUGAAGACCCUGAAGGUCAAGGUGACAUUCAGGCAGAUGUGACCAGUGAAGACCCUAAAAGUCAAGGUAACAUGCAGGCAGAUGUGACCAGUGGAAACCCUGAAGGUCAAAGUGACAUUCAGGCAGAUGUGACCAGUGGAGACCCUGAAGGUCAAGGUGACAUGCAGGCAGAUGUGACCAGUGGAAACCCUGAAGGUCAAAGUGACAUUCAGGCAAAUAUGACCAGUGAAGACCCUAAAAGUCAAGGUAACAUGCAUGCAGAUUUGACCAGUGGAGGCCCUGAAGGUCAAGGUGACAUGCAAGGUGACAUGCAUAAAAGUCAGAUUUGA